UAGCGCUAUUACCUGUCAACGCAGUGCAAGUUUAAAGUGUUUAAAAUUUCGCAAUAAAUAAGAGUUUCAAAGCGCAGCUUUUGUUUAGAACGAGAAUUAUUGCUACCUAAAUGAUUUACUGCGGCGCUGAAGGCGCUGAAUUAAGGCGCAAUUCCCGUUAGGCACGAAUGUAUUUGGUAGUGUAUUAUAUAUGAUCAAGUUACAGAGGUCUGCAUAAAGUAAUCGGGAACUGUUUCGUGAUCAAGUUAUGGUUUCUGUGAGUUCACUUUUAUAUAGCUUUGGAAACCAGCAGCUUUGGGCCUUUGGAGAAUUUGUGAACUGACAAGUGAGAAUGUUUUCCUUUUUGGUUCUCCUUAUGCCAAUGUUAACGUUGACCGCUUCCGAUCCUGUCCAUAUUAUUCCAGAUGUCAACGAAUGCCUCAUAUCACCGGGACUGUGCGGUCCACGUGGGAAGUGCAUCAAUUUAAUCGGAUCGUACACUUGCCUUUGCGCAGUCGGCUUGUCGUUCACCAAUGGAUCAUGUACCAAUGUAACCAGUCUUCCUACUGUGAAUGAGUCCUCUGCUCUAGGCGCUCUAUGCCAGAACACAUCUGAUUCUUCCCCGUGUAUGCAGCCGGCCACGGGAAACAUGUCGAAUAUCUGCACGCACAACAUUAAUCCGUGUGGUUGGAUGGGAACAUGCCAAAAUCUGGCUGAGCCCAAUCAGUACUCGUGCAUCUGCUCACCUGGAUACCGUUUCGAUAACUCUACCUGCGUCGAUAUCAACGAGUGCACCGAAGGUGGUGCCGAUCGACUGUGUCCAGGCGGAAUAUGCGUAAAUAUGCCGGGCGCAUACGCUUGCACCAAUUGUCCAUCUGGCUUUCAACCUGAACCGGCCAAUGGCACGUGUUGGAAAAGUAACGAGUGCGCUGAUGAUCUGGCCUCGAUUUGUGGUCCAGGAACAUGUCACGGUGCGACCAACGGAUUUAUUUGCGUUUGUCCACCAGGAUUCCAGUUUGUCAACGGGACUUGUCUGGAUAUCGACGAAUGUAUCAUCCUCCCGGUGGCCUGUGGCGUUGGAAUUGGGUGCAACAACACCAUCGGUUCGUAUAGGUGCGAUUAGUGAUUCCACCACAGAUUAUCAUGAAGAAUUUUUGACGACCAAAUCUGCUCACACGUCCUGCUGACUGUUUGACCACGGGAAAGUCUGCGGUUUACAAUGAAAACGCUGCGAGUACUUGUAAACUAUUUCAGGCCGAUCUUCCAGUGUACGUGCGUAAGUUCUCACUUCAAAGGUCAUGGGUUUAUUAUGGUAUUGGUGGGUAUGUUACUACGCACUUGUUACGCUUCGGUUGCAUUGAAGCUUUUCCCGAGAUCAUUCCACAUCACGAGAUCUAGAAUGCUCCAUGCAGUAAAACAUUCUCCAAUCUCUGUUUGUCAUUACAGUAUCUGAUAGAAGUUCCGCUCAUUGUUGCUGCAGUAAUGCUAUUGCCAUUGCGGUUCAUAGAGCAACAUUAAUUUCAAUAAACCGACAAUACUCGCUAUAUCGCAGCGUACAAUGUCGAUUCAGGUUUUGGUACUGGAAAAAAACUGUUUGUUU